GACCCUGAUAAGUACAAGAAUGUGCUGACUGGGUUCAAAGUGUCAGUGCGCGAGGAGGGCAUGCGCGGACUCGCUAAGGGAUGGGCACCAACCUUCAUUGGAUACUCCCUACAGGGUCUGUGCAAGUUCGGAUUAUACGAGGUGUUCAAGGUGACAUACUCCGGUAUGCUGGAUGAGGAGACAGCAUACAGUUACCGUACAUUCGUCUACCUCGCUGCAUCAGCAUCUGCUGAAUUCUUCGCUGAUAUCGCACUUUCUCCGCUAGAGGCCGCUAAGGUGCGU